AUGAGGUCACACUCGUUUACGCUCUAUCUUGCCAUGCUAUUCUCAAGCGGAUUCUGGGCAGUAUAUGGCGUCGGUCUCGCUGGUCGAGCCGCUCACGAGUCCAAUUGUACAAGCUGCAUCGUUCAAUCAACCACGACGCGUGCCUUCACGCUCGCACCGCAAGCAUCGCCAUUCCAGACGCCGCUCUCCGCAUCAUGGCAUACCUUGUCUUCCACCAGGGCCCCACGGCCUUCAAGUAAAGUCACGACCUUCCCUCCUGUACCUAUAGCAACGCACUCGUCGCACGAUAGUCACAACAACUCGUUUGCAAUACUCAGCACUGGCGCCAAAGCAGGCAUCAUCGUCGGCAUCUCCCUCUUCUUCCUCGGCGUCUUCCUCGUGCUCUUGGAACUCGGAUACCUUCGCCGGAAGCGUCGAGAGAGGGCGCUCCGACGGGCGGUUGAGGAGGUCGAGCGAGGAGGCAUUCGGAUGGGCAAAAGCGUUGGGAGUGAGAGUAGUGAGAGCAAGGAGAAUAUGGUGCUGGAGAGUAGGGUGGAGAUUAUUGUUGAUGAUAGUGAUGGGAGUGACGGGGAUGAUGCGUGGGAUGCGGAUAUGGAGGAUGAGGAAAGAGGUAAGACGGCGGGAUGGGGAAGACAGGCGAUGAGUCUACCAAGGAGAGAGUAUUGAGGCAUAGACGGGAGAAUGACUGGCUGGGUGGUUUCAUCGAAGAAAAGUUGUCACUGUACGAAUCGUUGCUUCUCUCCUCCGCUGUUAGCUGCCCGUUCUGUUAUGUUAAUCUCACGACAAUUUGAAACUGUAUCGG